UUUCACAAGGCUGGGAUUUGAUGGCCGCCAUAGCCCAACUCUCGCUGAGUAGCGCCGCCCUAUCCUCGCAUUCCUCGCGCGAUUUCGAGUUCUCCAAGAAUGCACCUAGGAGGAAAGAUUUUGGCAGCGGCAGGAGGGAUUUCGCGGGGGAUCAAUCGCGCCGCGCAGCGCCGCCGCCAAUCGGCGCCGCCAAGAGGAAGUGGAAGGAUCCAUUCCUCUUCAACGAGGAGGAUCCCGACCUGGUUUGGGGGAAUUUGUUCACGGAGGGCGGGAGGCAGCCGGAGCAGGAGUACAUCCCGCCGCUGGAUCCCAAAUCCAAGUCGGGGUUUCGCAAGGUUCCAAAGGGCUACACGGCGGAGAUCCGGCCCCUGGCGGCCAAGGUGAGAGACGAGGUGCGCAAAUGCCUGUGCCUGGUGGCGGGGGGAGUGUAUGAAAAUUUGCUCUUCUUCCCAGUGAUCGAGCUGCUCAAGGAUAGAUAUCCUGGCGUGGAGAUUGACGUGAUCGCGAGCGAGAGAGGCAAGCAAGUGUACGAGAUGAACAAGAAUGUGUCGAGAGCUUGGGUGUUUGACAUCGAUCAGCAGUUCAUCAAGCCUGCGCUCUACAUGGAAAUGCUCACGAUGGUUAAGAACGAGUACUACGAUAUGAUCGUCUCUACGAAACUGGCAGGCAUUGGCCACGCCUUGUUUAUGUGGCUCACAGACUGCACUAAAAACAUUGGCUACAUAUAUCCCGACGUGAACGGCGCUGGAGCUGGACCAUUCUUAUACGCCGCAGUGGAUGCUCCAAGGUUGAAUCUAGCAGAAGGUGGUUAUCAUAUGUAUCACGAACUUAAUGAAGAGCUUGGGAAGCCCGCCAAAGGCAUUCCCAGAAUUUAUCCUCCUCAAUUGACCGUCGGAAUAUCUUCCAGGCUGAGAGGAGUCAUUCUCAAGAAAUGGACAGAGGCAUCGCUCCGGAGAGGGGAGUUUAUUGUCAUCCACGGCAUAGAGUCAGAUUCUGCCGCAACUAUGAAGUCGAGAGGGGAUUCAGACUCCUUGCUGCCAGUGUCAAGGUGGAGCUUGAUAGCAAAAUCGUUGAGCAGUAAAGUUCCUGUGUUCGUUAUCCCGCACGAAAAGGAGAGGUCCAAAGUUGAAGAAGUGAUCGGUCCCGAUGCUCACAUCAUUUUCAUCACAACUCCUGGCCAGCUUGCAGCACUUAUAAAUGAUUCAUUUGGAGUGAUCACAACCAACACUGCUGCUUUGCAACUAGCAAUAUCUGUUAAGAAGCCAACUGUUGCACUGUUUUCUUCGGAUGAGAAGGCUAAGCUGUUUGUUCCCAAUCAUGCAACUUCUUGUGACUGCAUAGCUUCAGAUACUGGUAAGCUUCUAGAUGUGAGCAUGGAAAAGGUUAAGAAUGCUAUAAACAAGAUGGUUAGUAUACGUGAAAGAAAAGAUGACCUUGUAAAAACUGUAAUAUAAAGCCUAUAUAGUUUUACUUUAGUAUAUAAAAUUUGGAGGUGUAAAAUACAUAUAUACAUUGGCUAAUUGUAAGA